ACCGCUACGGCUUCAGAGGACGUGGAGUGCGGGGGGGACAGAACUGCCGGCCAGCAGAGUCCUCGCAACCCUGCAGUAAGGCGAGCACUUUACAGAGGAGCACUCAUGCUUGCUAAACUCAGCGCGGUGUUCGCGUACUCCGCUCUAGUGUGGUACUUCAUGGGCUUCAUGGUCCUCAUUCAGCUCAUCCUUGUCGCCAUUGUCGCGUACCUGGCGGCUGGUGGGAGCUACCAGUGGUUUUACGUCGCUCUCAGAACACUUCCCAGGGAUCUCAAGGCAGUAUGUAGAUACAUAGGGCUGCUGAUACAAGUACGUUCCCAUCAAAGAAAGAAUCUCAACAUAGCUGAUAUUUUCCGACAACGAGUGGCAAAACACCCCAAUAAAGUGUGCUUCAUUUUUGAAGACAAAGAGUGGACAUUUGCACAGGUGGAAGAAUACAGCAAUAAAGUAGCCAAUGUGUUCAAGAAUCAUGGUUACCGGAAAGGUGAUACUGUUGGCCUCAUGAUGGAAAACCGACCUGAAUUUGUGUGCAUAUGGCUUGGAUUAUCGAAGCUUGGCAUUAUUACACCUCUUAUAAAUUACAAUCUACGUCAACGCCCUCUUAUUCACUCAAUAACAAUUGGAAACUGUCAAGCCCUAAUCUUUAGCAGCGAGGUUACAGAAGCUGUGAAGGAUAUCAUGUCCAGUUUGCCAUCUGACAUCACACUGUAUCGGUGGAGUCCCAUCUCAAACACUGAAACAGUUGGGCUUGGAGAAAAGAACCUCACAACUAUGAUAGAUGAAGUACCAUCUUCUCCACCAGAUGUAAUUGAGAAAGUAGGAUAUCAUGACCGUCUACUUUACAUCUACACAUCUGGUACAACAGGUUUACCCAAAGCAGCAGUCAUUACACAUUCACGUUUUGUAUUUGUGGCUGCAGCAAUAUCCUGGAUGACUUGGUUCCGGACAGAUGAUCGUUUCUAUGUUGCCCUGCCCCUUUACCACACAGCUGGAGGGGCUAUGUCUGUUGGACAGGCACUUAUCUUCGGCAGUUGUGUUGUCAUUCGCAAGAAAUUCUCUGCUUCAGCAUAUAUUUCUGACAUCAAGAAAUAUGAAUGCACGGUUGGUCAAUAUAUUGGGGAAAUGUGCCGUUAUAUUCUAGCAGUGCCUCCAAAACCAGAGGACAAACAACAUAAACUACGAAUGAUUUAUGGCAAUGGAUUAAAACCUCAAAUUUGGACUCAGUUUGUAGAACGUUUUAACAUCCCACAUGUAGUUGAGUUUUAUGGGGCUACAGAGGGUAAUGCAAAUAUUGUGAAUAUUGACAACAAGGUUGGUGCCAUAGGUUUUGUUUCACGAAUCCUUCCUGCUGUCUACCCAAUAUCUAUCAUUCGAGUAGAUCCAGAAACUGGGGAUCCUAUUCGCAACUCAAAAGGACUUUGCAUAACAUGCAAACCAGGGGAACCAGGUGUUUUCAUUGGAAAGAUAAAUCCAAAGAUUCCAUCAAGGGCUUUCCUUGGUUAUGUUGAUGAGAAGGAAUCACAAAAGAAGAUUGUGCAUGAUGUAUUUUCCAAGGGAGAUUCUGCAUUUAUUUCAGGUGAUCUUUUAGUAUCUGAUGAGUUUGGAUAUUUAUUCUUUAAGGACAGAACAGGUGAUACAUUCAGAUGGAAAGGAGAAAAUGUGUCAACAUCAGAAGUUGAAGCUAUAAUCAGCAAUUUAGUUGAUUAUCGGGAUGCUGUAGUAUAUGGUGUGGAGGUAGGAUCGGAUGAGGGCCGGGCAGGAAUGGCAGCAAUUCUUGAUCAGGAUGGCACUCUAAAUAUCACAGCACUAGCAGAUGGUGUGAAAAAGGCUCUUCCUUCCUAUGCCAGGCCCCUGUUCAUAAGGAUAUUGAGAAAAGUUGAAUUGACAGGAACUUUCAAGCUAAAAAAGAGGGACUUGCAGCGUGAGGGGUUUGAUCCAUUAAAAAUUGAAGAUAAAUUAUACUACCUGAACCCAUCUGGAAUGUAUGAACUUUUGACUGAAGAAAUUUAUGUUCACAUAAUUACAGGAAAGAUAAGAUUAUAAUUUUCACAGAAAUCAUGCAAUCAGGAAACAGAGUGUGGACUAAUACAGAUACUCAUAAUUAAUCACCUUACAAUGAAAUCUGCUGAAAAUGGCUGUUACUGUCAAAUGAAACUGUGACAGCAUGUAAGUGAGAAGCAGGCAAGGUGUUUGAAGAUUUCCUGGAACAAUCUUCACAUUUUGAAAGAAUAGGUGUUGGUAAUAUGUAUCAAAGUGCAUCAUUAUUCAUCAAAGUACAGAUGGUAAAUGGGCUUGUAUCAAGCUUCAUGUAAAUUUGGUUAUGGCCAUCUUUCAAGUUAGAAAAGAGCUAUGUUGAAGAUAGUUCUUCAGCCAUCCCAUGUAAGUAUCUUUCAUGUUCCAGCAGAUGAAGUUAAAAAGGUCAAGAAAUUCUUGUCAGAAAGACACUGUUGCAUUUUUAACUUGUGUUAACAACAAUGGUGCCUUUGAGAGGAGAGGAUAUUUGAUUUUCUGUAAUCAUAAAGUUUGUAAAAUUCUCAUUGACAUCAUAUUGCAAUAAGUUUUCAACAUGAAGGCACACUUUUGUUCACAUCCCUCCUUCAAAUGCUGACACUACUAAGGAAAUAUGUUAUUAUGUAAUGCCAUUACUAAACAUUUUUAUGGCAGAGAACUAUGAAGUUUGUUAAAGCAUUAUAAGGUAUCAGUGAAAUAAAGCAUAUUUUUUUAAAAAUAAA